AACAUUUCCAUUUAAGUCAAAAUCUUGGGUAAAGUGCAAACCUAUUGUAUGACAAAAAUCAUAUGAUAUACACCUAUACAUAUAUAUAAAAUAGAGCAAAAUGCCUAUCGACACGAUUCGCGGCAUGCCCAUUGACAAAAUUCUUAGCAGUCGACAACAUCCACAGCGCAGGAGACUAGAGGAAAGCGAUGUGGAGGAUAGCUCACAAAAUAAUGACACAGAUGGUUUCAUUGGGAUCCCUCCGCCGUCGCGUAGCUCAGGUAUAUCGCGUCGACUGACGAACAGUCGCAAACUGAUCUUGAAAUGGAUUAUAUGCCUUUCGGGAAUAUUCGUAUUGCUGCACUUCGUGCCGCGACAUAUCAACAGAGAGUUUAAAUACGAGCCUAGAACGGUCAUACUUCUGUGGAACGAUGAGAAUGUCAACGGACAAGACAGUAACCAGUGCCACUGUGUGAUAACCAGCAAUCGGAACUACACUAAAGGGCCCAUAGAUGCCGUCGUUGUCAACGUAGAUCGACCCUACUCAAUGGACGGGCUCGAUAAGGUCGCACACACUCCCGACUAUUUGGUGGUUUAUGCUAACUUGCAUCCGCUAAAUCUUGAUCAGAAUCCGAUGACCAUACACGGCGAAUCCAUCUUUAACUACUCGAUGAGCUAUCGCUGGGACUCCGAUCUGGUGUGGGCGGAGUACUACUUCUCAAGGAUCGGCAACCCAGCUGAGCGUGUCCUCAACUUCACAGCACCCGUCAUUAGCUUCAUGAACCGUUUGCCGACAAAAGUGUCCUCCCGCCUACGCCUUAACUUCCGCCUCAAGCAGUAUCUGGCCAUGUAUAUGCAGUGCAAGGAUAUGAAUGCCAGCACCAAACAGGGCCGUUACCUGAUGCAGAUGCGCGAGCACCUGGAACUGAGCUACAUUGACAGCUGCCACGCCUCCAAUAACUGCGCUCCCUACAAGUUUAUGCUGAUAUUCGAGAGCAGACGCUGUCCGGACUAUGUGCAUCCGCAGAUCUACACGGCGCUGGCCAACUUUGUGGUGCCUGUGCUGAUUGGAGGCGGUAAUCUCAGCCACCUGGUACCACCGGGCUCCUACAUAAGCGGCGACGACUUCCACUCCCCCUUCGAGCUGGCACAACACCUGCAGAUGAUCUCCUCACAGCCGCUACUGUAUGAGCAGUUCUUCUGGUGGCACUCCAAGUAUGUCAUCAGCUACAACAAGCAGCCCUACUGCGCCCUAUGCAAGCAGCUGCGGAGGAGUCGACGCAAGCGCAUCUCUGUUGAAUUCCUUGAGUGGUGGACAGUUUACCAGUGUCCGGGCUCCGAGGACUAACUAAACUAAACUGAACGACAUUAUAAGAAAUGAAGUUGUUUACUACUGUUUCAAUUGUCUGUAUAAUCAACUGUAUAACUGAUAUAAUAGUAUAUCUAAUCUGAAUAAAAUAUUUUAAACCAGA